AUGUUUUCCGUUUUGACACGACAUGCGAGUCGAGGAACGACAAGAACGCUUCGAGCGGCACAUUGCUGCGAUUACUCGACCGAGGUUGCGGCGGAACACUGCGAGACAAACGGAAGCCCGAAGACGACUCAUUAUCGGGUGACAUUGUUUCGCUCGCCAAUCGGACUGCCGAAGCGCAGACACGACUCGCUGGUCUCCCUCGGCCUUCGUAGACGCAUGGACGUCUCUUAUCAUCGCCAUUCUCCCGACGCUGCUGGUCUCAUCCUUAGUGUGAAGGAACUCUUGAAAGUCGAGAACGUUACUGAGGAAGAAGUCAACAUGGGGAAACAAAGCAGUCGCAAGUUGGUCGACGACGAUCGUGGUUAUCGGCUCAUACGAAACGUUCUCGAACGAAAUUAA